UUGGGUUUAUUGGUUAUGGUUAGUAGGGAAGGAUUCUUCUCCAGCACUGAUACAAAAUACUGAUAUAUUGUUGUUUUACACAGAGCUAAUGUCAAUGGAGUGAUAAUUUUCGUCUUGUGAUUUGUGUGUGAAGUGUGACAUAGUACAGUUUUUAUAAUAUUUUGUAAACUGCACGAACAUUUUACAAAAUAUUAUAAAAACUUUACUUUAAACCCAAGAUGUUUUCUACAUCAAACUCAAGCAGUCUUUCCACAAACCAAUUUGAUGGUCAUGAUUUUAUUCAAGAUAAUUUGACCAGUGACAUUGAGGUGGAUGGCAGAAUAUCUCAAAGAAUAAAUGACCCACCUGGUCAAAAGAGUUUGUACAUUUUACCUGGAGAUACGGAAAGAGAGAUUUAUCGUCUUACAACGUACAUUAAAUAUCCACAAAAUGCACCAAUUGAUGUUGUUCUUCUUGCUAAACAUGGAUUCUACUAUACUGGCUACAAAGACAGAGUAAAAUGUUUCAGUUGUGGAGUAAAUAUUGAUGGUUGGUCUAUUGGUGAUGAUCCCACUUCUGAACGUUGGCACUUCACCAACUGUGAUCUGGUGAGCGGGAAAGAUGAAAGAAAUGUUCCAGUUGCAAGUUUACUGAAAGGGAGGAAACCGAAAAUUGAAUUCAGCAAAAGUAACAAUAUUUCAGCAACGGAUGUUUCGGAUCAAAACUCACAAUCAAUAGAACAUAUUUCAAUGGAAUCCACAGAACAGAGCAAUGAUAAUACCGCACAACAAGUAUUGCAGUCCGAUAUAUCGUCAGCACCAACAGAUGUUACAAACAUGACACAAACAUUAAGUACAAUACAAAUUCAAAACAAAAAAUCCAGCAAUGUUAGCAAUGGGAGUGGUAACAAAAAUCCAAAUGAAGUUUACAUGACAGCAAGAUAUGUCCCUCCAGCAAUACCAAAUAACCCGGGUUUAAAUUUUGCCAGCAUUGUUGAUCCUUUACAUAAACAACUACUUUCUGAAAUGCAGCUUUGUAAAGAAAGUGAAAGAAGGCGUUCAUUUGAUUCUUGGAGCACGGCUUUUUCUGUUGAAUAUAUUGAAGCAUUGGCAAGAUCAGGUUUCUUUUAUCUUGGGAAUUUAGAUCGAACCCAGUGUUUCUCAUGUACUGGGGUGCUAAGAAAUUGGAGGUCCAAUGACAACAUUGAUUCAGAACACAUUAAACAUUUUCCACACUGCAAGUUAAUGAUUGGUACUGAAGAUAGAAACAUAGGUCUUCCAGUUGGAAAUGAUGCUUCUUCCUCUGAUGGAAUGCCAGAACCAGUAGAUCCUGAUCAAGAAGAACAGCAUCAAUUAGCAAAAAUCUUUCCGCUCAGAAAUCCAGUCAACUCUUCUAUGAAAAACUUGUCAUCACGACUCAGCACUUUUGAAAGAUGGCCACGUCAUAAAACUGUUGCAACUCCAAAUCAAAUCGCGAAAUCCGGGUUUUUUUACUUGGGUGACCGAGAUCGUGCUAAGUGUUGGUAUUGCAACGGUGGGUUGCAAAACUGGGGUCUGAGAGACGAACCAUGGACGGAGCAUGCUAAGUGGUAUCCUGGCUGUGAGUUUGUACUGCGAAGCAAAGGCAUUAAAUUUGUUCGAGACAUCUAUCUGAAAGAUCCGAACAUCCCAAGACCUGAGAUCUCAAAUGGUAGAACGGAGUAUCUUGAUCCUUUAGUGUUGAGCCCACCUUCAGCUUCCAACGUUCCAAGUGCUGGUGAUGUGCUCGCUCACUUUUCACCCCCGCCACCGGAUGCAGUAGAGAGAAUGCCAACCAAUGGUCCAUAUGAUAUAGACGCGGAGAUGGGAAGUGAGAUUGUCUUGGCUGCGCAGACUAUGGGGUUUCAACCAAAUCACAUACGAGUGGUUGUUGAAAGACACUUUGCUGAGCAUGGAGUAGGCUACCAGACUGUAGCAAGUCUCAUUGAUGCGAUGUUAUCGUAUGAUGAUCAAGCAGAUCAAGCAGAACAAGCAGAACAAGCAGAAUCAACCUCAGUCGGUUUGAAGAGAAAUAACGUUAUAUUAAAUCAUCAAAACAUUAAACAGCAAAAAAUGGAUGAAGUAUAAGAACAUGACAAAAGAAAAGGAAACAAAAGAUAAGCGUUUGAACAACGCAGAAAGUUUGUUUAAUAUUUACUUCAUUACUGUACAAUAAAUGUUUCUCUUUGUUGCUUUAGUUUAUGUAUUAAAUGUAAAGUUGUAUUGUAUACACUUUCAUUUGUUUUGCCAACAAAAGCUACUGUAUGGUAUAUACAUGCAAAUUGGUAAACUUAGCUUUGCUCAUUGUAAAUUGACAUUGAAGUGUUAAAUUUCACAUGCUGAUAUGACAGAGUGUGCUGAUAACGCGUGUGGCCCCUUCCUUAAUAAAGUGAAGAUCAUACUGCGUAUAUCUAAACAGAAAAUUCCACAUUUAAUAUACAUCUGGUAUAUUUACAUACUUACAGUCAUACAAUUUUACCUGUGAAAUAUUUGAUUGAAGAAAUACUUGUUUUACCUAAGCCUAUAACGUCAUAUCACAGGCUUGGCUAAACUAAAGUUUUGUUUGGUGUAAGGUACAUGUGCAUUAUGUUCUUCUUUCUAGUUAGCUGGUGGAAAUGCUUUCUUUUCUGCAGUUUGUGCUUCUAAAUACAAGUUGACAUAUCUGCAUGCUAAUGUGAAAACACAA